AUGAUUAUAAGAGCAAACAUAUAUUUAUUUUUUUUUAAAAUUUUUACUUUUACCAAUUUUAUAUGGUCUCGUCAAUAUUCUAAAAAGUCAACUUCCAUAGGUAAAUUGUGUAAUAAGAGAAACAGUAGAUUAUUAAAGAAUAAUGUACGCUUAGAACCACAGCAAAAUUACACAUCAUUAAAAUACAAAUUAACGAAAAUAUUAGAAGAGGAUGAUGGCAUAUUAUCAAAACGAUUAAAAGAGUUAAUGAGUAGCGAACCUUUUCAAAGUCAGUUACAUGCUCUGUUACGUGAUGACAAUAUUCAAAGACGAUUUUAUGUACCAGUGAAUGAUUCAAAUGCUGAAAAGAGGUCUAAUAGAGGAAAUUACUGUAAUCUGUUUGAAAAACAGUUUAAUGAAGGAAGUAAAUAUGUUAAUGGUUUCGAACAAAAACAAAAUUAUAAAAAGCGAGCACAGGAAAAUAAUUUGAAAAGAGUACCAAAUGUAUUUAGGAAUGAUGAUAAUUCUGUAAAGAGAUAUGGUUCAUUAAAAGAUGAAUAUAUCCCUGAAAUUAUAUCCGAUGAAUUAAAUCAUGAAUAUGAUAAGGAAAAUUUAUUUUCUUCAUUAAAAUCUUAUUCGUACUCGGAUGAUCCAAAAAAUAUAUUAAGAUACAGUACUCAUAAUAAGAAGAAAUAUAUAGGAUUUAUAAGAUAUAUAAUAAAGAAGUUAAUGAAAUAUUUAAAAAAGUCAGAUGCAUUGUAUGAAACAGAAUUAAUAAAUAUAAUGUCAUAUUAUAACAAUCAACAAGGAAGGAACGUACGAAAAAAGAAACGUAGUUUAACAAGAAAAAUUAAGGAUUUCUUAACAGUUUUAUCUCCGAUAUUAGUAUUUGCUGUAACUUUAGUAUUGUGUUAUAUGUAUAAUUCAAAUACAGGUAUUAUUGUAUCAUCCAUAUUCCUUAUUGCAUCUGUAUUAUAUGUUUGGUAUAAAUAUAAGAAAUGUAAACGCCUUUGCAAAUUAUACGGAGAAUUUAAUGUAAAACGUCUUUUAAAAGCUGAUGAGAGACGUAGAAUAAUGUUACCGUAUAUAUCACCAAAUUAA